AUGGCGACGACCAUCUCUGAUCUUCCAGAGGAUUUGGUAACGAAAAUAUUAUCUAGGGUUUCAUUGACAUCUCUUAGGUCAGUGCGAUGUACUUGUAAAACUUGGAACGCUUUAUCAGAAAACCAUGUAUUUGGUAAAACAGCCGCAGGGAGCACGUUUCAAGGGUUCAUGGUGAUAGAUUCUAAGCUCUGUUCGAUGAAACUUGAUCUCCAAGGUACCCGCAACAAUGGCAACUUGGUUUAUCGUCCAACUACAAAGAGAGCCGAUAUAUGUAAAGUCUUUCACUGGGACGGCUUGCUGUUAUGCGUUACCAAGAGUCGGCUUGUUGUGUGGAACCCGUAUUUGAGACAAAUCAAGUGGAUCCAACCCAUGGACAAAUUACACCUAGGAGACAUGUAUGGUGUCGGAUACGAAAACAACAACAACAACAAUCGUAACCACAAGAUCUUGAGGCUUUUGAAUUAUUCCAUGUGGUCAGAACUCGGUCCUUUUUUCCAAAUCGACGAUUUUAACUCAAAUUCUUGGAGGGUUCUUGAUGUCGAUCCAGGCAGCUGCGUUAUAAAAAGUGGCGUGUCGCUCAAGGGAAACACUUACUUUUUGGCUGAAGAAGAAACUUGGGUUGAAAGUUUUGUAUGUAAGAAUCAAUUUUAUUUAUUCUGUUUUGAUUUUACAGCAGAGAGUUUUGGACAGCGUCUUGUUCUGCCCUUUGGCGCCUGUGUUAGGUUUUCGAAGACCGUGGUUCUAUCUUGUGUUAGAGAUGAGCAGCUCGCUGUGUUACAUCAUGGCAAAGACGAUCGGUUAAUGGACAUUUGGAUUACGACCAGGAUUGAGCCUAACGUGGCAUCGUGGAGCAGGUUCUUGAGAGUGGAGAUGAGACCGUUUAGGUUUGUGUCUGAGAGUUUCUUCAUUUAUGAGGAAAAUAAACUGGCUCUUGUUUCCGGAUUCUGCAUUGUUCUUACGACUAUUUACAAAAGAGCUUAUAUCAUUGAAGAACAUGGAAACAUCAAAAACGUGAACAUAGGAAAAGCUAGGGACCCUGGGAACAAACUUGUAUUCUCUUCUUAUGCUCCAAGUUUAGUGCAAUUACAAAUCAACGGACGGGGCAAAACGAAAGAAAGAGAUUACUAGAUUAAGUUGCUAGUUCCAUUUGCAAUGCUUGUUC